AUGGAAGCCGCGCAACUGUGGAGGGCGCACAAUACGAUUCUCGCCAGCCAAGUUCUUGAUGCGGAUGCGCAACAAGUGAGUUGCUGCACCUCAUUUGUGUCCACGCACUGCCUCACUGCCGCACGGCCGCUCUGCCGCACGGCCGCUCUGCCGCACGGCCGCUCUGCCGCACGGCCGCUCUGCCGCACGGCCGCUCUGCCGCACUGCCGCUCUGCCGCACUGCCGCUCUGCGAAUCUCGUGAGAAGCAGCCCUUCCUCGCCUACCCGCGCUGCCUCACCCUCUCUUCACUUCCCUCGCUCCCCCUCCCUGUCUCCUCGUGGUGGUCGGCGCGCAGGGUGAUAGCGAUGGUGGGCGACUCGCUCAUGUACGAAGGCUUCCUUCCCUCCAUGCUCUGCCAGGUACGCCCUCCAUGCUCUGCCAGGUACGCCCACCAUGCUCUGCCAGGUACCGCCCUCCAUGCUCUGCCAGGUACCGCCCUCCAUGCUCUGCCAGGUACGCCCUCCAUGCUCUGCCAGGUACGCCCUCCAUGCUCUGCCAGGUACGCCCUCCAUGCUCUGCCAGGUACGCCCUCGCUGCUCCUCUCGCGUUCUCUUCAUCUCGUUCUUACCCCAACAAUACCACCCCUAGCGCGUGGCGCCCAUGCCACCAGCGACUCGCCAACACCGCCCUUCCCACCGGUCCCCUUCCCCUCUCCCCCUGAAUGCGCGCAGAUCCACCGCGUGUCGGCGGUGAGCAAGGUGACGGACGACGGGCUGAGCAAGUUCGUGUGGCGCGUGGCGGCAUACAACGUGACCAUCGUCAACUACUGGAGCCCCUUCCUCAUGGCCUACUCCACUCAGAACGACGUGCUGCGCCGCAUUAAAGUCACCAACCCCGGGCUGGGCGACACGGCCGUCAACCUGCACACGUUCGACCCCACGUGGUUCGACAAGGUCGGGCGGUUCGGCAUGGUGGUGUUCCAGUCCGCGACGCACUGGCCGCACGCCAAGACGUGGCUGCGGCGAUUCUUCGUGAACCGCAAGUGGCAGCUCAUCAAGCCCGAACCCAACACCGUGCAGGCCUACAAGAUGGCGUUACGGCGGCUGGCGCGCACGUUCGACGCGAAGAGCGUGAAGCGGUGGCGGCUGCCGCCCAUGUACUUCCUCUCCGCGCCGCCGCGCCUCGCCGGCUGCCAGGGCGCCAAGACUCCCAGCUCUCCGCAGAUGUACUCGUUCUUUGAGCGCAACAACUCGCAGAGCCGCGUGUGGUACCCGUCGCAGGCAAACGUGUUCAAGGGCAGCCGCACGAUCCGCCUCAUAGACAUCACGCACCCCUCGCUCUUCCGCUCCGACGCCAUGAUCGCCGCGCAGCGCCGCAAAUCGCAGGACUGCUUGCACCCCUGCAUGCCCGGCCUGCCCGACACCUGGGUCGACCUCUUCUAUGAAACGUGGCGACGCGAACACGGCGUUGCGUGA